UUUUAACAAGAUCGGUGAAUCGAAUUAUGUACUAUUAAUAUUUUAUCAAAAUAUUUUCGACAACAGAAAUAUUAGUAAUUAUAACACAAAACCGAUUAGGAAAGAAAAUUAAUCGCAUAAGUCGAUUAUCUUUCCAAAAACUCGUUAUUUAACUGUAUAGCGAAUAAAUUAUUAUUUUUUCAAUACUGAUGAAGUUAAAGUGACGUCACAAAGUUUGUGACUCCCCCCUCCCCCUUGUCACAACAUGGCCGCAAGGCAUCGGCCGCCGACAUAUACAAGUAACAUCAUACACCUACAAAUGAUACCUAGUAAUAGUGAUAGUAGUUUUAAAAUAUAUAUAGAACAUAGCAAAAGGUGUAAAUUAUAUAUAUUAAACUAAGAAUAAGUUGCUUUCUAAUGAUCUGCCGGCAGCGAUAAGGAAUGAAUGGACAGACAAGAGCCACGACGUUGUCAUUAAUGGGGACAGACAAAUAAGCGUAGCUCUCCUCGUACCUUGGUCAUAUAAAGAAGGUACUCAUUUAGUAUAAAAAUGUAGGUGGUUAGGACCUUGUGCACGCAUAGGAGAGUGGGAGAUAACAAGUCGUUCGCGUAGAUGUUCCAGCUAACCUAUUAGGACACAUUUUUGUUAUAAAGCUGCUAAUAAUGUUUGUAUUGUUUGUUAAUUGUGACUCAGUUAUUUACACACAACAGCAAUACAUGUGCGAUCCACUUUAUAUCCUAAGGGUUCCCUUCCUAUUGUAAUUUGCACCACCUUUUUGUAAACUGUUUUCAAGAACCUAUUUAUAAACAUAUUCAAAAUGUACAAAUGUUACCUUUUUAAUCGAGGUAUAAAGUUGAUAAAGAAAACGAAAUCUACACAAGAUUAACAAAAACUAGUUAAUAAGGACUACUUGCGUUGUUUGCAUUGUGCAUCUAAAGAAAAUAAGGCAAAAAAGGAUUAAAAAAGUAAUAGGUAGUUAAUUAAAAUGUUAACCCAUUCCACUAUCACUAACGACCACUUGAAAACCGAGUGUAUAAAUUAUAACCCUGCUAAAUGUUUAAUAAAAAAUAAAGCUAUUCAGGAUAAGUAGUUAAAACCCAUAAGACAGCCGGAGUUUACAUUCCAGAGCGUUGCAGCAACUUUCCUGCGCGUACGCUUUCCACAUUCAUCUGUUUAUUUUAGUUGGCUUUUAUUGCCUGCUGCGAUGUCCUACGAAAGCUUGCUAAAGUAGCGAAGCGGAAGCGAUUUAAAAGGCGUAUACCUAAACUUUGGAUUCAAAGCUCCGUUACAACGAUUCCCUCCUCCAAAACUGAACCAGUGUAUCAAUGAAAAUAAUGAAAAGUAUUACUAUUUCGGUUUAUUUAACCGUUUAAAAUGAAAUGCUUGAAAUGUAAACUAUAUAUUUUAUUAUUAUUAUGCCUUUAAUUGCCUAUUAUAGGGCUUACUUGUUUUAUCUGCCAUUAAGUUAGUUAAAAUAAGCCCUAAUAAAAAAACACCCUGUUAAUCUAAACUAAAAGUCGUAAAUGUUGCUAAAGCGUAAGAAUCUUCUAUACCUACUAGUUACAUGCCGCACUUUUUAGCUGACUGUAAACACGCUACACCUGUGCAGCGAGUUUAAAUUUGCAAGUGAAGUUUAAGUUUGCAAUGUUUGCAUCUUUUUAGCGCGGCGUUUUAGGUUCAGCGAUGAGGAACGCUGAAAAUCGCGUACUGUACAAGCUCCUUAAUGAACCAAAAAUCGCUACCCGCUCCUCACUUUGUUCGGAACUUUAAUGGGUCAUUCCCUAUUAGUAACGCAUACAGCGCAGCGAAAUGCGGACGUGUGUGUUGGGAGUGGUGCUGCUGGCCGCGUGCGCGCGCGCCAUCACGCGGGACCAGCUCUACCCCUACGGGUCGGGGCUAGAUCUGCAGCUGCAGAGAGGCGCGGUGGUCGAGAGCCCGGAAGUGCGCCUGAGAGUACCCGUUGUGUUUUACGGAGAGACGUACGAUUCAGUUUUCGUUAACAACCACGGGAUACUUUCCUUCAGAGCAGACAUAUCAUCGUUUAUGAAUGCUGAGUUCCCGCUCCCAUAUCCAUCAAUAGCAGCGUUUUAUUCGAACGUGGACACUUCCACAUCAGGGGCGGUCUAUUACAGAGAAAGUAACGAAAAUCGUGUUCUCGCAAAAGCUGCAGAGAGUGUCCAAAAUAAUUUCCACGAAUAUUAUGACUUCCAACCCACUUCUGUAUUUAUUGUCACAUGGGCAGACGUAUCUUAUACUGAUGCGCAAGGCAACCAAAAGAACACUUAUCAAGCUGCCAUUAUUAGCAACGGCAACGAGAGCUUUGUGGAGCUGUUGUAUCCCGACGGUGACAUCCAGUGGAUUCAAAGAGAGACUUCGCCGGACAGCUUGCCAGACGCAAAGGCUCAGGCAGGCUUCGUCUCUGAAGACGGACAGAUGCUGCUACUUAGGGGCUCUGGCAGCCAUCAGAUAAGGAAUAUAAUUUCUUGGUCAAACACACAAGAACCUGGGAAGUACGUAUAUCGCGUAGGAAACGUGAUGCAAGAUGGAAACAUCGUAGUACCAGAUUUGUACAAUCAGAGUGAAGAGGAAUCCGAAGAAGAAUCUAGAACGUGUGCCCAAAGUGGGCCGAGUGUAUGCCACAUCAAAGCAAGAUGCGUUGACUACCAAGCUGGUAUUUGCUGCCAAUGCAAUGAAGGAUACUAUGGAAAUGGUAAAUCUUGUGUUAAGGAAGAUGUCCCACUACGAGUACACGGCAAACUGAAUGGCGUUGUCAACGAUGUGUCAUUAAAUGACGUGGAUAUUCAAGCGUACGUGGUGGUGGCAGAUGGCAGGUCCUAUACCGCUCUAUCACAAACCCCGGCCGCACUCGGAAACAACCUCCAAUUGGUCCACGUCCUUGGCGGAGUCAUAGGAUGGCUGUUUGCCAAGCCUCUGGGAGACGCCAGCAACGGUUACCAACUUACGGGAGGUGUAUUCAACCACACAGUAGAUAUAUUCUUCCCGGCUACAAACAAUCGCGUAACAAUCACUCAAGAAUUUAUAGGUCACGACGUUUUUGAUCAAAUUACCCUAGAUUGUGACAUUAGAGGAUCUCUGCCGAACGUAGGUGUCGGAGCUAAACUGCAAGUCACAGAAUACGAGGAACAGUACACGGUGAUAGAAGCCGGACUAAUACGAUCGGAGUCCACCCGAACCAUUGUUGACAAAUUAACAGGAGUGAGUUAUGAGCAAAGAAUACAGCAAACAAUCAAAUACAACACCUGCCACAAUGCACCACCAGAAGGUACGGUGUCAUCGACUUUGAAAGUUUCUAAGAAUUAUUUAGGAUACGAACCUAAAAAUAACAUUGUACGAUACGGAAUGAGCAAUAAAAUCGUUCCAUUAGGCCAAGAGGAUCCUUGCAUUUUUGGUAGGAGCACCUGCGGGCCUCACAGCUCUUGUGUAGUACAAGGGAGCUCAUUUGCGUGUAUAUGCCAAUCUGGCUUCUCAAACGUAAUACAAGAUGAUGCUUUGGUAUGUAUAGAUAUAGACGAAUGUGCUGCAAGCACGCACAACUGUGACACAAACGCUGACUGUUAUAAUCACGAUGGAGGAUUCCAGUGCCGUUGUCGCGAUGGCUUUGAAGGGAACGGAGUGACUUGCAGCCGCAUAUCGCAAUGCAGAGAGCAGUCUUGCAACCAAUUUGCUUCGUGCAUAGAAGGCUAUGGAGGAGAAUCCACGUGCUUGUGUAAUCCUGGAUAUACUGGAGACGGACAACGGUGUUGGUUGAUCAGCGCUUACACUUGCGACGUUCUACACAACUGCUCCCCUUACGCAUCCUGCAUUUUUUCACAAGUGAGCAACAGCCAUAUCUGCCAGUGUAAACACGGUUAUGUUGGUGAUGGCUAUUAUUGUUCCGUGGAUACUCAAACACAUCCCGGAACCAUACCACAGAUCACUACAACUCCUCAACCAAGCACCAACUACCCCGAUAACGAAUAUUUAACCCAUGGAUAUAACCAUAACAAUAACCAAGACACGGACAGCAACGAAUAUAACAAUAAUCAAGAAACCAGCAACAAUGAAUAUAACAAUAACCAAGGAACGGGCAACAACGAAUAUGGCAAUAACCAGGAAACGGGCAACAACCAAGAAACGGGCAACAACGAAUAUGGCAAUAACCAAGAAACGGGCAACAACGAAUAUGGCAAUAACCAAGAAACAGGCAACAACGAAUAUGGCAAUAACCAAGAAACGGGCAACAACGAAUAUGGCAAUAACCAGGAAACGGGUAGCAACGAAUCCGAAAAUGUGCAACAAUUCGUUUUGCCGAACUGCGGCUUCUUCGGCCUGGGCUGCACAUGUCCCGAGGGGUACUCCAGCUUUUUAGACGAGAAAAAUAACGAAUUGUGUCGCUUAGACGGAUAUGCCGAUCCACAUCUAUUGCAAAAAAAUAACGAUACUUCAAUUGCAUGCACAACGGAUUCAAACUGUCCACCAAAUGCAGAAUGUAAAUUUACGUUGGAUAUUGAUGGCCAAUACGUAUCACGCUGCGUUUGUCCCGAGGGCUUUGUAGGGAACUCCUACGAGUGUGUUGAACAACGUAGCGAAGUGUGCGCUUGCGGGCCCAACGCUCACUGCUACCAGACUGCAAAUGGACCAACUUGCGUUUGCGACGUAAGAUACCACGGCGAUGGAUACAUCUGUCGGCCAAAACUUGUCUGCACAAACAGCUCUGAGUGUGAAUCUCAUGCCGAAUGCCGGCCUGACGGCGCUAGCAACGAGUAUUUCUGCCAAUGCAUAGAAGGAUACAUCAAGGACGAAAACGAAGCGUGCAUCCCUGACCGCCAACUUUGUAAUGGAGGCGUGUGCGCCGAACACGCUUCUUGUCUCUAUGAUAAGACUCUUGAGAUCGGCUACUGCGCAUGUGAUGCAGGAUAUGAAGGCGAUGGAAUCUACGAGUGUAUACCUAGGGUCAACGGCCAAGAACGUCCAUAUGAAAACACAAUCACAACGUGCGAUGUCAUGCAAGAUUGCAACGAAAACGCGCAAUGCACACAAGCUGCAGACUUAUCAUAUCACUGUGUAUGUAGAGAGGGAUAUAUUGGAGAUGGUUAUGAUUGCAGGCCGGAACCGAGCUGUCGGAACGACCCUUACAUGUGCGAUGUACAUGCUUCAUGUCUCAAGCGCAACCAAGAAUACGUUUGCGAGUGUAACUCAGGUUAUUCAGAAGUAGCUUACGGCAAUGAAAGUCGAUGCGAACUGAACCCUAGACAAGCUGGCAAUUUCCUAGUGGCUAGUGAUGGCGUUUUUGUAUACCGAGUGCCCUUCAAGACCACCGCUUGGGAAUAUGCGACGCCCAUCAACAGCGCGAUCGACCAGAUCGCUGUCGGAAUAGACACAGACUGCCAGGCAGGCAAAGUUUACUGGGGUGACGUGGUCAGUAACUCUAUAAAGCGUGCCAGCUACGAUGGAUCAGCAUUUGAAUUAUUUUUGACAAAUGGAAUCAAGUCUCCGGAAGGAGUGGCCAUUGACUGGGCAUCUCGCAAUAUUUUCUGGACUGACUCUAAGAAGUUAACCAUUGAGGUAGCUAAUGUUGAUACUAAAGUGAGAAAAGUUUUGUUUUCUUCAGACAUCAGAAAUCCCAGAGGCAUUGCCGUGCAUCCAAGAAGAGGCAAAGUCUUCUGGACGGAUUGGAACCGAUUAAACCCUAAAAUCGAAUGGGCUAACAUGGACGGUUCUCAGCGAGGGGUUUUUGUUGACAACUCAGACGUGAAACUUCCGAACUCGCUAGCAAUUGAUUGGCUGAGAGACCGUUUGUGCUACACCGACGCGGGACUCUUUCUAAUCAAAUGUGUCAACCUAGACACCAUGGAGACUGAAACCAUAGUCACGAACUGCUUGCAUCCUUUCGGACUAGCAAUAAAUCAGGAAACUUUCUAUUGGACGGAUUGGAAAACGCUUAAAAUCGAAAACAUCGACACAGUGACGCAGAAGAAGGGUCAGCUAUCAAUCGCCACAGCGGCCAACAAGCUGUAUGGCGUUGCAGUGGCCCCCAAUGAAUGUCCCGGCGCCACCAACGUGUGUGCGCUACGCAACGGCAACUGCGAGGCAGACCAGCUGUGCCUGCCGGACGGCCGCGGCGGGAGGACGUGCGUGGCGGGAGAACAAAUUUACGGAUAUUAGAUGUUAAGCUAGUUCAGUGUUCUUUGUGAAUGCUGGUAAGACACUGAGGAAGCCCGCCCACUAAUGACGCUGCGGCAGGGCUUUUCUUUGAGACGGAUGGAAUGUGAUGGCCGUCGUUUUUACCGCUUAUGCCGCCUAGGAUUAGAAAUCCGUUACGUUUCGAGAAGUGUGCACUUGCUCGAAUUAGCUUACCUAUCUAAUAGUGAUAAAAACGCAACCAUAACAAGCCGCUAUGACCUUAGAAUUUGAAGAAAGUAGCAUCAUGAAGGUUAUCUGCCGUGGGCACGUUGCCGCAUCCUUAAUAAUGCUCUUUCCCACUAACGUCCAGUUUGUUGCGAGUACGGUUUUCUGCAGGAUCCCGUGUUAGUAGUAUACACAGUGCUUAUAUAGUAACGUUCACGCGAACAUUCUGUUUGUACUCAUACUACUUUUAAUCGGCAGUGUAUUAUAAUAUAGUUUAUCAGUGUGUUCAUUUUACAUUUCCACAAUAUCCCCGUCACAAAUGGGCACCGGCUUGGAAAGACAAGAGACAACAUUUUGGUAAAUUGGUUCAAGUAUAGUUUUUUAUUAAUUUUGUACAUUACAAUCUUCGAUUUCUCAUUUACCUAAACAUAAUCGCAUUAUAUGACUAUUCGUACACCUGAGCAUUUCUUAUUUUUAUUAAAAGGUACCCUAAGGUAACCUAGGUACUAUUAUCAUAUACCUAUCACACUACUACUUUAUAUACAAUAAAUGUAACGUACUAUUGUAGGUAGGUACUAGACAUAUUUAUUUUAGGUUACAUACAAUACUCAAUGUAAGAUUUAUUAUUAUAGGAUGCCUAAUCGAAUUCUGAGAAAUUUGAAUAAAAUGAUAUGUCGUUUACAGUACUUGCGGUAUUACAGAAGCUAAAGUAUAGACAUUGAUUUACGUUUUCACGGUAGCAAAAAAGGUCGGACUCGGCCACCACACCUUAAGAUUAAUUUGUAAAAGACGGCAACUACAAUGAGAGGUUCUCGAGAGGAACUUCAAGUUUUGGAAUUUUAGUUAAGAGAACAAUACAACUAUAGAACCCGCACAGAUUCAUCCAGAUAAGAGAGACCCUAUCGAUUUUGAAAUUAAACUUUUAUGUAAUUAUGACGUACAAUAACACUUGCACUGUCUGGGCUAUCAAAAUCGCUGCGAACUAAAACUUAGCUCGUUCUUAACUCUAGCGAUCUUUUCAGCGUCGACGUCUAGUCAGUGCUAUGGAAAAUGGUGUCGUGCUGCGCAGUUGCGCCAACGUUACAUCGAACAGCAGUCUUAAAGUUGACUAGACGCGGACGCUUGGAAGACGAUAGUGUGGGGUACAAACAAUCGAAACAUGUUAAGUUGAAUUUUAUUACACAAUUAUUAUUCCUCUUAAUAUCAUUAAUUAAUACGAAUAAUUGUGUAUAUCCAAUUACGUUAGCUGAGUCUGUGCGGAAAGAGAAGAGUCGUAUAAUGUAUGGGCUCGCUUACAUUCCACGACUCUUCUCUUUCCGCACAGACUCUAUUACAAUUUUACUGUGUCAUAAUUAAAUAGCUUCUUCCCACAUUUGUAAUAUAUAUUUUGUAAAAACUAUGUUCUGAAAUUGGCGCCUUUAUACUUUGCCGUGGUCGUCUGCGGCAACGAAAUGAUUUAUCGUCAUGAUGAAACAGGGGACCUAAAUGUACAAGAGUACAAUACUUAUACGACGAUAAAGUAUACGGACGACCACGAUAAAGUAUAAAAGUGCCCAAUAGAUAGACACUAAGUAAAUAAAAAGUGUGGAAAAUU